AUGAAGUAUUUUGGAUGUUCUGUGUUCCCGUUCAGGAUCAGCGGCGAGGACGCAGAAAGUCGAUUCUGUGAACACAAACGUCUCAACAUGUCGACUCUGAGGAUGACCUGGGAGGCCAAGGUCCAGCUGAAGGAGAUCCUGGUCAACUCCGGAUUCCCUGAAGAGUGUCUACUGACCCAGAUGUUCAACACGGUCGGCCCGGACAACAACCUGGACGUGGUGGUUUCUCUGCUGACCUACGGCUCGUACCCCAACGUGUGCUUCCACAAAGAGAAGAGGAAGAUCCUAACCACCGAGGGGCGCAACGCCCUCAUCCACAAGUCCUCCGUUAACUGCCCCUUCAGCAGCCACGACAUGACCUACCCGUCGCCCUUCUUCGUCUUCAGCGAGAAGGUAAGAAGAGCCCAUCCAAACAGAGAAUUAUUACAAUUAUUGCAACGAAAUUUAAAUGAGGACAGAGAGACGUGGUCCUCCGUCUACAGAGAGACGUGGUCCUCCGUCUACAGAGAGACGUGGUCCUCCGUCUACAGAGAGACGUGGUCCUCCGACUACAGAGAGACGUGGUCCUCCGUCUACAGACGCUGCUGCUGUCUGUGUUCAUCACUUCCUCCACCUUUAAAUCCUGAACCAGAACUGGGCGUGGGAGGUGGAGCAGAGGGCGGUUGGAGGUGGAGCUCUGCCAGUCAGAAGCAGCUGGCGACGUUCCAUCAGCUCCGUCAGUCAGCACUCUGA